UUUCAGAACAAACCAUGUAUCGUUUGCGAGUAAAAACUAAAGGAGGAGGACAGCUCCCACUGACCGAUCGUGUGAAUGGAGAUAGCACACUUGCUGACCUGCUCGCAGCCAUACAAGAUGUCACUUCAGUUGCGCCUGAAAGGCAGAAGAUUCUGUCAGGUUUCCCACCAAAACCUAUCAAAGGCAGCUAUACCAUGACUCUCAAAACUGUUGGAGUUAGAAAUGGGGAUGUUUUGAUAGUUGAAGAUGUUGAGCCUUCAACAAAUACGACUGUAGAAGAUGCCGCCCCUGCACCAGUGAAGACAGAAGGUACAUUACCUGCAACUCCAAGAAUAGACAAAGUUUCUACACAAAGAGAAUCUUCUGAAAUAACUGCUAAUAGUGGCAUCUUACUGAAAAAAGUUGUACCUUCAGAUAAUUCUUGUCUUUUUGCUAGCAUAUUGUACCUUGUUAAUGGUGGUGGAAAUAUAAAUCAAGAAAGUAUCAAAGAAAUGCGUAAAUUAGUGGCUUCUAUGGUCAAAAGCCAACCAGAGCUAUACCAUGAAGCAGUAUUGGAAAAAUCAAAUGCUGAUUACUGCAACUGGAUUUUGAAAGACACUUCCUGGGGUGGUGCAAUUGAGUUGUCUGUCCUGAGUCAAUAUUAUGAAAUGGAAAUAGUUGCCUUAGAUGCAAAGACAGGUGUUUUAAACAGAUUUGGAGAGGAUAAAAAAUUCAGUCAUCGAAUGAUAGUCAUGUAUGAUGGUAUUCAUUAUGAUCCCAUUUAUAUGGAAACUUUUGAGGGAAAUAUUAUUACGAUUUUUAAUGGAAGUGAUGAGUCCAUACUUCUUCAAGCUAAAGAACUAGCUAUGGAAGCAAACCGGAGUGGUCAGUUUACAGACACAAAUGCAUUCCGUGUGAAGUGCCAACAAUGUGGGCAAAUAUUGACAGGAGAUGAGCAGGCCUUAGCACAUGCUGGGAAAACAGGACACCUCAAAUUUGAUGAAGUUAAAAAUUGAUGUUAGGCAGUUAGUAACGUUAUAUUUAUUUAUUUAUAGAAACAGAAUGAAUCUGCUUAAUGGUCAAACCAGGUUCUUUGUACUCUCAAGUACAGUUCUCUGCAAGUGAUGGAUUUGAUUCUGUGAUAAUCCAUAAUAAGUUUUUAAUAGCAAUAUAUUAACUUUUUUCCCUUGUAGAGGAACCUAAGACAGCUGUUUUCAGUAAAGUAAUGUCAGUGCUUAUGUAAGUAUAGAUAGGUGUACAAAUGUCGUAAAGGAAUUACUCUAUAUAGUAUUUCUUGUUUUAAACAGUUUUCCUUUUUAUCCAUGCUUCUAUUCAUAGUGCUGCACUGCUUGGGAAGUUUUUAAUGAAAAUGAUAGAAAUCCAUAUUUUUGUAUAGAGUUGUAUCAAAAUUUUGAAUGUUUAACAAUGUUAUAUUUGAUUACACAUUUUAAGCAGCAUACAUAUUUAAGACAGAAUAUCAUUUGUACACCAAACCCUAUUUUAAUAUAACAUAAUUCAUUUGCUAAGCAUUUUCUGUAGUAGUAAUUGAUGUUUGCUCAUGUAAUGGGCAAACCUGUCACUUUACAGAUGCUUUGUUUGUAUUCUGAGGCAUAGAGAUAAAGCCACAAAUGGCAUAAAUUAGGUGUUAGGUGAGCUCUCCUUCAUUGGAGAAUCUCCUUCUCAACUGCUGUCUGUCACUUUUUUGCUUGCAGAAAUAUCUCCUAUAUUAAGCUUUUUAAAGUUUGACCAAGUAAGUUUGGCUUCCCUCGACAUUUUUUAAUGAAGUCUCGUAAUGAAUAAUUAUUGACAGCAAGAUAUCAACUUUGGAUAUGUAUUAUGCCAUUUUAAGUUUCUUUGCAUGGUGCCAUAGUAGUAUGCUCUCCAAAUUUGUUUCAUUAGUUUGUGUCAUAGCAUUUCUCUCCAAACUUGAAAACUUGACUACAGAGCCCAGUUUAGCAGACCUUAUGUUAUUGAAGGAGGAGAACCUUUGGUAUGAGCUGAUAAUGGAUAUCAACUAGUGCUCUAAUAAUCUUGGAACUUAAAGAUAUUUAAAUUUCUUUGAAAGAGAUUGCUUCCUGCUUCUCCCAGGCAUCGUCUUCAUCUACUUUGGAGAAUUAUUAGGAUUCAUUUAGAAAGUCUGGAAAUGGACCUCUCUUAGGUCUAACACUGAAGAAUGGUGUUUUGUUGGGUUGUGUUGUGAAAGAGAGUCAUGAAGUAGCAUGGUCAUUUAAUGGAAGGAGAGGUUGAUCUUUGGUGUGUUCACUUCAGAUUUUAUUAUAAGUUCAUGAUCCAUAAAGAUCAUCAUAUAUCUUUAGAUUUAGAAAUUUAAUGUUUUAGUGCUGGUGUUUAGUAAACAAAGGUUCUUUCCAUGGCAGUCAAUCCACACCCAGUCAUCUUCAAUGCCAUUUUCUUAGGCCUUUGGGAGUAUUGAGAUAGUGAGGCUUUGAAGGAGUUGCAGAAUGGGUAUUUUGUUGUGAAAAUGUCUACUUUGGUGAGAAUUCCAUGGUAAUGACCAUAUAUCUUAAUCAGUUAUUUUGAUAGUGUAGCCACUGUUCAUCCUCAAAGGAGUUACUUUCACUGUCCCUAGGGGGACUUCAGAAGAUAGACCAAUUUCAAAGAAUUCUCUUCUUGUUUGUCUGGCCAGUGUAGGGCACAUUGACACUGAAAGAGUAUAAGACUCAAGGCAAGAGGGCUCUUUCUCCUGUCUACAGCAGCUGGCUAGGUUCCAUUCCUGUUAUCAACCUGCAGUUAUAGCAACAUUGCUCUGCACGCUGUUCAUUAUUGUGUCAACAACUUACCACAAGUCAGACCAACUCUCAUUAUUAUUCUCCGGUCUCUGCAACUGUUAGCACGCAGCUAGAAUUUUUGCAUGUAUACAUGCUGCAGACCGUAUUUGGUUGUCAUGAAAGAACCAAACUAAAGGAUGCUAAGUACAUAGGGUUAAGUCCCAGUGGAAAUUUUUAGUUUUAAGAAUGUUUUAGUGGUAACAUAUUUCACCAAAUUUGGGAGCUGGUGUCUCGCGCCAGGCGAGAAUUAAGUUUUUGCCAACCAACAAACAUGUUUAAUUUUAUUAAAGUAAUACUUUUAAACUGUUGUUCUUAAAGAUCUUUGGUAUAUGACCCUUUAACCUAGUAGUUAGGGAUACUGAUACGGUCCAUCUGGACUACUUAGUAGAUAUGCGAGGCUACAAGCUUCAGUUGUGUUCAAAUGGCUUUUGAUCAUGUUUAACUUCCAAACCUUGAUGUGAAGUAAAACCAGUUGGUAUAUUAUGGCACGUAAUUACCAAACUGUAUAGUUUUUUGUGAAAAUAUUCCCUAUUUAGCAUUAAUAUCAGGGAACUUGUAUCAGACCAGAUGAUGUUUUCCCUCACGGAACUGCUUCUAGCAAGAAUUGUUCCGCCGCUGGCAGCAUCGCUCAGUAAAACAUUUGUGGUAUUCGUUUUCUUAUGUGAUUAUUAAACUUUUACAUUGUCAUAUAAUGGGCAUUGAAAUUGUACAUAAUGUACAUGCAUCUAGCUGAUUUCCAAAAAUUUUUUCCCUUGGGAAAAUUUGAAGCAUUUUCUUAUGUAUUCUAGCUUUACCUAGUAGCUUAGGCCCAGUAAACAAAUAAUAAAUUUGCAAAAGUUUUUUCCUAAUAGAAUAGCUUAACAUUCAAGAUCUACUUUUAAGGCAAAAUUGUUUACCAGUGGCUUGCAAGUAGCCAUGGCCUGGUAAACAAAUCAUAAAAUUGCCAAUUAGACUUACAGUAUACAUAAAGUUACCCUUGGCCUAAUGGAAUAGUGUAACAUUCAAAAAUUUACUUUUAAGGAAAAAAAUUUAUGUAAUUAUAUAUUUAAUACGUGACUACUGUCUUAGACAACAGAAACCCAUGUUAUGCUGGCUAACAGGUUGCAGCAAUAUGGCUGCAUACUUGUGCCCAAGCUAACCUAUUCAUGUUAGUUGUGCUUCUGAAGUUAUUACAAAUAAUUAGCCCAUCCAACCAUUAUCAUAACAUUAUACUAUAACUUGUGACCAAGCUAUAUUGUGUAGUGUCUUGAGUAUAUUAUUCAUACAGUGAUUAUUGAUGGGUAUUACGGAGUAGUUGCUAAUAAAUAUUUGGUCCUUAUAACAGUAUAGGGCUGCUAUUAUACAACACCCACUGAUAACGCAUGCAACAGCGAAUUGCUCAGUCUGCUUUUUGCCAUUGGGUAUGGCCCAUACUAACUGCCAUCAACAAAGCCCUUGUAGGAAUAAACGGGAAUAUGGUUGUUCACCAAACGUGUGAAAUUAUUUACAUGCUCCUGGCAACAGGUGUUAAGAAUGAAACAGCUCCCUUUAAGUUGUCUCUUUUGGCUCCUAGGUUUCAGUAAAGGUAGAGAAGGAGGAGACUUCAUCUUUCAGGCAAAAUUCUGGCAGAGUAUAUUUCCCUCCAUUUCCAAGCAGAACCCAUGUUUGGGCCUAAACUGGAUAGCAUAGGUUCCUAGUACCUCCCAGGUCAACCCCUCUGAUGGAGAAGUGGAGUCUUAACUUGUGGGAGAUGCCCCUUUUACCAGACAGGAAAUAGUAUAGUCACUGAAACUGCCCUGCUGGACCUGGAAGGACCAGUGACACAGCCUUCAGCUGUACAUGAGAGAGAUGCCUCAAAAGGAAAUAUAUCUUCCAUGCAGCUAUCACUUACUGAAGGGAUCCUAAUAGGAGCCACCUAACCCCAUCUGAAGUGCCUGUAUCUUUUGAAGGGUACAGAGUGUCAUCCAGGACUUCUGUUCUUUUGUUGCUGGGCUAUCAUAGUAUGGCUGCCUGGGCACAAUCAGUUAUGAACAGCAUCAAGGAUGUCCUUGCUAAUGAAAGUCAGUAUAUCAGACUUUAUCCAUAAUUCCAAAAAGGAAUUCAGUCAUGGAUACUGAAUUAUAUAUAAGAUGUAAGAAAUUCCCACCCUUUAAACAAAUGAAUAAAGUGGCUGCAUAGCCUGCCCCUGGGCAGAGUCUGUAUUUAAAGCUCCGACUGUUAGCAACAAUAAGGCUAGUUAGGGGUAAGAAACUUCAAAUCAAAGGAUAGCAGGGUGCUCCAGUAACUGGCCCUGAUGAUACUGAUAAUCCUUGGCCCGUUGCCUCAAUGUUUCUUCUGUCUUGAUGGUAAAUACCUUAUUAAUGAAAGGAAAACCAUGAUUGAAGUUCAGCAUGCAGAAUUUCAGAACAGGGCAGCAUUUCUUAAUAUACUGAAUGGGGCUUAGUUCCUACUUUAGUGGACAUUUAGAAACCGCCGAAGGGAACUGUUAUCCUACCAAUGGAUAUGGCAUUGAAAACCAUAGAAAAGACCUCUUAUCACGUCAUAGGAAAAUAAAGUUUUACAUCUGUUUUAGAUAAGACCCAAUGUGCUCAUCAGGCAGCCCCAGCCUUUUGUCCCUUCACUUUUAAAAACAGUCAUGUGAAGGAAAAUUUUCAGAAUUUUGUAGUAACUUAAUAGCUUCAAAGUAGCCGUGCAGGCAUUGGUUCCUAUUGCUUCAAUAACAAGCACAAAACUCAAUUCCACUAUCAUCCUCUGUUCUAUCCCAGACAGCAUUGAGGGCAGUUGUCUACGUGUCCUUGCAGAGCGAGACCUUAGCAUGUAGAUUUUUGAAAUUUUGUCUACCGUGAAAAUUACCCUCCCAAAAUGCUAAGUUAUUACUGUUACUAUAAAGGAUUAGUUUUUCCAGACAUCUGAGCCUAAUAACAAAAUGCUAGGCACCUAGUGCAGAAAUUCUUCGACAAUAAUAGUCCAUGUGGAAAGUAUAGUUAGAUUAUAUCCAUGCUAAAGGACCAGUUUAAAUCUUUGUUGAAAUACUUCUACAUUUUCUUAUAUAUCUUUUGAGAACAAGUGUCUUGCUGUUAUAACAAUCAUUACAUAUGAGUCAGCAUUGUCAGAACCCUUGCUUUAUGGCUUUGGAACUGAUUUUUAUAAAGAAAUUACUUCCCUUCUCAGGUCUUUUACAUUGCAAUGACCUACUUCUGCAAGACUUUCCAUUCCUGGGUCACUGAAUUGGGUGCUUAGGCUUCUGUCGACCCCUCAAUUCAUUGGGCCCAUUACAACUAUGACAUAUAUGCUGCAAAAGGUGAUCCUCUUGACUGCUUUGCAUCAGGAGCUUGCAUCAGUGAACUGGGCUCUUGUAGAUGGGGUCAGUGCUACAGUACUCAUAUCAUUUAUCACUAUCUCCUGGCCCAUCAUUCCUGGCCAGUAAUGAGAACCUUUUAUUGAGAAAAUCUCCUGUUCUGAUAGAGAGCUCAGUUUGCCAAAUAAAACUUAUACCCAGUUCAAGCACUUACGGUUUACCUAGAGGUCACGCCAAACAUCCCAGAAGGUCCGUUUUUUCUACACCCUAGCACAAUAAACCACUCCAUCUACAUGGUCUUAGAAUAGUUGUGCCCCUUAUGAAAAAGGCAAACCCCACUAAUUUCCUAAGUUGUACGACAUUCGAAAGGUAAGUACAUUGUUAGCUUCCUUUGGAAGUAUUUUUCGAAGAAGCCUUCGAAUGUACAAGGUGGUCAUUAGGAACAGUAUUCCUAAAAUAUUCAUGCCACAAGCUCAAACAAAUUUGACUAUACUGUGUAUCAGUAGGUGGUAUAGAAAGUCCUGACUCCAUAGGCACUACGGCAGAAAACCAGGGGUCCUCUGGAUGUGGUAAGUAUGCUAAGGUAUCGCUGGGAAAAGUGCAACAAUAUCACAACCAAACCCAGCAUAUUUAGGUAAGUCUCUUUAGAACUACAUCUUAAUAAUUGUAACUUCAUAGUUAGUUUCAUGUUCUUUGUUGCCAAACUGUAUGGGUAUUUGGAAUACAGAAUGUGGUUUAUGGCUUGUGGCUUAACCUUGGACCAAAAUAGCCAUUUUGCCACCUGUUAAUUUCUUUGGUAAGCUCCUUUGAGGAUGAACAGCGGCUUCCUAUCAUAAAACAGUUUUUUUGGUAGUUGUAAGUUCUCAAACCCACCCACUUUCCAUGAUGAAAGGCAUGAGAUUUGGGUGAAUAAUGUCCUUGCUUAGACCUGGGAAAGAAUAAAGAGAAUUGGUCUGACACAAGGUAUGUUGUUGACAAUAAUGAAGCUGUUUUCACAUCUACACGUUGAUAAUAGGAAUGUAACCUAUGCAGCCGCUGUAGACGAGAAAGAGUACCCUUGCCUUGAGUCCUAUAUUCUUUCAGUGUCAAUGUGCACUGUACUGGCCAGACCAACUAGAAGAUAAUUCUUUGAAAUUGUUUGGUCUAUCUUAUGGAGCGCCUCUAGGGACUGUGAGAGUAACUCCUUUAAGGACGAACAGCGGCUACCAAAAAUAGGGUUUUCUAAGUCAAAACUUGUUUUUUUUCCAAAAACAGCACUGUUGAGACAGUAAUCAACUAGAUGGAUAUCUUUUGCCAAAGAUCUCAGAAGUUUGGUCAUUGUGAGAUUCUAGAAAUAUGACUCAGUAGCCUCAUUAAGCUGCUUUAUAAUUAUGAUAAACAACUAUUCCCCACUUGUAAAGUGUAUAGUAAUUUUGCUCUUCCUAUGGAUACAAAAACAUUAUUUUUAUGCAAACAUAUGCCUUAAGCAGUAUGUUUUUGUCCCAGCUUCACUGAUUAUUUUGAUAUAUUUUGGCAAUGUGCAUGAAGCACAAAGGAGGUAAUGCAACUAGUGAGAUGAAGGUACCAAUAGCAAGGGAUGUUGCACCUUCCACCUAACUAUUGUCUUCUUCACUUGAAGUUGUGGUGCAUCUCAAGGUCUCUUUACUUAGUAUGAAAACAAGGCAUUUGUAAGGUAGCAAUCCAUUUAACAUGUACAUUGUAUCAAGUUUUUAUGUUGGUCCCAUGUAUCUGCUUAUGAAAGAAGUAGGAGAAGGUAAGGCAUCUGGAGAUAAUCAAAGACCUUGGACUGACUUGGCAUCUUCAUUAAUUUAGAAUUUACAUAUAUCAUAUCUUAGUAAACACAAAAUAACAUGUUUGGAAAUUGUUUCCUUAAGAUAUUUUCUUACUGUAGCAUUUUAUUUUGUAUUUUCUGUUAUAUAAGAGGAGGCACAGUAUUAUUGGGUAAUUUGAUUACAGCAACUUUAGUUAUUGAUAAUGUCAAAUAUGAAGUCACAGACUCAAAUAUCAAUUCAGUUUUAAAUGAUACGAUAUAUAAUCAAGUCAUGUUUGGUUUAACUAAACCAUAGUGUACAUCCAAUGUACUAUGUGGUGUUUAAAAUAUUAAGGUCAACUUCAAGUUUUUUAUUUUAUAGAUAUUAAUAUAUUUCUAAUAUUGCUGAGUUAUAGAUUAGGUAAUAACUUAGAGAAAGUGGUGUAUUUAUACAAAGUACAAAUUAGUGCUUUUCAAGAGAUUAUUACUUCAGUUACUUCAAAAGAUAGAACAACCAAGAAUUUAUGUUUAAGUGGAAAUUGCGGACUUUUCCUUAAGAAGGAUAAUAAUUCUGAUUUUAUCAUCUCUUUACUUCUAGUCUUUAGGUCAUCUAUAAUUGCAUACUUAUUCUGUCCAUUUUAUUGUUGGUAUUCCUGACUACUGUCCACUAUGCCAGAAAGUAUUGUAAAAUUGGAGUGGUUAAAGCUAUUAAAAUAAGACUAUGCAGUCUGAAAAUAGUAAGAGGAUAGAAAAUGAGGCCACAUAUCAGACAGGUCAUGAAGAAGAGUUGAAUUAUCAAAAACUCAUUUAGCACCUUAGUGCUAAAAUGUUGAAACACUCUUCUUCUUCCUUGUUUGGAAUACGUACUACUAUUGUCCAGUGUGGUCUUCCGGUGCUGAUUCUCAUCUCAAACUCUUAGAGAAAGUCAUGUUAUCAAACAAGCUUAUUUUUCCAACUCUUAAUGUUGACUUGCAGUAUAAACUAGAUAUAAAGAGUGUUUAUUGUGUGUUUUUCAUAAAAUUUACUACAAUGAUAAACAUCCUUUGCACUUGUCUUUUCCUGACCUAGCUGUGUAUGCUCACAACAGUGGCCAGAUUGCUGUUGUGAAUGUGUUGUUUUCCUGUAUAGUAGCAGGUUUAAAGGAUCACCAACUGUCGAAUUUAAAAGAAUCAUCAAAAUUUAGUUAUUGAUAAUUUUUUUGGACAAUUUGGUGUUUAAGUAAACACACCUUCAAGUGUUGUUGCUAAAGAAAAAUUUCAGAUGGAUUUAUAGACAUCUUUAUGCCCUAUGAGUGACAAAUUGUUGCAAAUUUUGUGUAAAAUCCCCUAAUCCUGUUUAGUUGGAAAUAGUUACUAUAUUUUAGUUACCUACUAAAAUAUCACUGUUUUCUUUUAUUGAAACAUUAAUCUCAAAGAAAGUUUAAAAUCAGACGUAUGUUUUACAUUAUUUUCUGCACUUGCCACAAUUGUACCAAGCCAUCUAAUUUACAUAUACAUACAUGUAAUGUUUUUUAUUUAUUGACUUAUUUUUACAGUUCAAUAUGCAAGAUAUGUAAAUCAACAUGUCAUGUACAGAUAUAUGCAUGUGAAUGGCAAUCUUCCUCAUCACCAUCCAGGAAUAUACAUUGCAAAACAUGUUCUCCUAAGUGGAAUAUUUUACAAAUCAAUUUAUAUUUUACAAAUGGUAAAAAUAGAAUGAAUGUUUAUUUCCUCAGGAUAUCUUUAUAGGAUGCCUUUCCACAAAUAUGGAAAUAUAUAAGUAUACAGCAACAUUUCCUUAACAGGUUCUUAUGGCAUCAAAUCGUCCCCCCGCCCCAAUCCUUCCAGGGCAUCCCUUAAUACUACAGUACUCAGUUAACUGUUAGUUUCUCUUGGUUACAACUAUGAUGUGGGUUACAACUAUGAUGUGGAAUAGUUUGCCAGUUGCAGUUGGGGAAUCUUCUGAUCCCUAGAUGCUUAAGUAAGGAGCAAAUUCAUUCCUGCUUUCUACUGACAUUUCCUUAAUUCAGUUGUAGCAGUUUUGUUUUGUGUUCCCUCUUAUUAAUUUAUUUAUGUCCUUUUCAUAUAACUUGUCUCAUUCUGCAGGCUGAUUUCCUUUUGAAAAUCAAGUUUAUAGUUUAAGAUCUAAAGCAGGAAAGAAAAAGCUGCUAAGUAUAAACUAUGCAGUAUAUAAAACUUUAUGAAAUUAUGAUAAUGUACGAAAGAGGCAUAAGAAUUUUGUGGUAAAACAAUUUCACACUGCCAAGAGCAAAAUGAUUAAAAAAGAUUAGAAGGUUACUGUUGGUGAAAAAGAAACCAUGAUAUAUUUCAAUGGCGAGUUUCUAUGUGAUGUUAUGAAAAGAGCAUUUAUUAACACAAAGGUAAAAACUCGAUCAGAGUUGUAUGAUUGGAGAUGAAAAUGAUCCUUAGAAAGUUAUACACCAUUUUAAUUAAAAUAUCAUUACACUUUUGGAGAAACAUGAAUACAGAAUAAUAAUCAGUAUAUAUAUUGAAUGAAAUUGAAUGUUGUAAUGAUAUUACUUGGUGCAGUAUUACAAAUGUCAAAAAUAAAUCAGAAUCAGUAAAAUGUAUUAGGAAGUGACCUAUUUUGCAUAUCCAACAUACUAUUGUGAGUUCAUUAGCUUACAGCUCCUUUUCAAAGUGUAAUGAACCACAACUAUCAGGGCACAGGACAGUUGAGAAAUAAAAAGAACCAAGAAUUAGAAGCUCAUUAUGAAAGAUGCUCUUUUAUACGUGACAUGCUGUUUGUAAGGGAACCAUGAUAAGGGUUUUGAGUCCAUAGUAAUUCGAAUAGAUUUUAGUGUUGAUUUUGAUGUAUUAAAUCACAAGGCACUUAUUUAUAAACUUCAGAAUCAUGGAGUGGGUUGAUAUUUUUUUAGGAUUACUUUUAAGAUUUCUGUACAGGUAGGUAGCAGCUAGUUGCUGUGGACAGCAUCUUUAGUGAACCAAGACCUAUUGUGUCUGGAGUUCCACGGGGUUGUGUUCUUAGUCCACUGUUAUUUUUAGUGUAUAGAAGUGAUAUGUUUUUUGGCUUGGAGAACAAGAUUGUUCAGUAUGCCAAUGAUGCAAAACUUGUGGCUGUAGUGGUCUCCACUUAUGAGAAAUGAAACUGCCCUCAGCCUCAGUCAGAUGACAGGAUCAGGGAAUGGUGGAAGGAACUUUGAGACUAAAGCUUUAACUAUUUUAGGUCUAAUUUUUUUACUCACAUCUAACUUUUGAGAAGCAUCUUAUGAAAAUUUCAGAAAAUUUUGCAUAAAAGUUGGUUAUUGUUCGUAAUGACUCAUAUAUUUACUAUAACAGUGAUAAAAUCAGUGCAACCUGUUUUAGGUCAUUUGUACUUCCUUUACUUGGAUACCUUUCUCCAAUGUGGAUGUCUCCCUCUGCCAGAGAUUUAUCGCUUGUAGAUAGAGUGGUUCAUGGUGGUAGGUUUCUGUUUCCUAGUAGUAGCAGUUAUGACUUGGACCAUCGAUGGAUGAUCUCUUGUUUGUCACUUUUUCAUAAGUUUUAUUUCAACAGAGAUCUUUCACAUUCACAGUUGAUCCCUGAUCCCUUUUUCCUGCCAAGCAACCAGGUUUGCUGAAAAGGAGCAGCAGUAUGCAGUAAAUGUGCUUCACUGUCAAACUUCUCAGUUCCAGAGGUCCUUUAUUCCUCACACCGCUGGACUGUGGAACAGCCUUCCAGAGGGUGUUGUCCAGUUGGAACUUCAGAAGUUCAAGCAAAAGUGCAAUGCAUUAGUACCCUAAAACCAUUUUCCUUGUACAGUAUUUUAGUACAUUUUUAUCUAUUUAUUUAUUAAUUUGUUUUUUUUUUUCUUUGUUAAUAAGUGAGAUCUCUUCUUUCUCUAUUUCCUUUACUUCCUCUUACUUCUUCAUAAUGAACAUUCUUUUGGAAGUUUGAAUUUCAAGUCAAUGGUCCCUUUUGUGGGCUUGUUCCAUAUGAAUAGGUUUCAUAUACUACUGAAUAAUUAUAAUUAUUCAUGAGAGUAAUUGUACAUUGUUGGUGUCCUGUGAAAAUUCAGUCAGUGAGAAAACACAAAUUGAUAAAGUAAAAUAACAUAAUUACUACUGAGAAUUUUUUUGUCAACAGAAUUCUGGCUAAUUAAGAAUAUUAAUGAUUUUAUAAAAAUUACUCAAAUAAUAAAUAGUAGUAUGGAUCUAAAUAUCCUCUUGUUUCAGAUACCACAUUAGGAUAGUUUUGAAACAUUAAACACUUAUGAAAUAUAAAAGAAGUUGUCCUUUUGGAAUUUAGUAUACUGUAGUCCCCUGUUUACAUAAAUCAUAAAUCAAGAAUGGAAGAUUUUAAAAAUGUAAUACACAAGAAUCCAGGAAUUUCUAUUUCCUAUUUCAAAUUUUUUGGCCAGCCAUCCUUCUUAGUCACUGCUAAUUUUCUCAACUCACCAAGAGUAGUUAUUUCAGUCUAUAACCAGAAAACAAACAAUGAUAACAAGAUAUGUGAUUGCAUACAAUGAUACCUUAAUAUUGCUAGUUUUGUUUUACUUUCUGUGAAGGUCAGUGAAUAUGGCCCCAAAAGUAUAAAUUGUUCAUACGCAAACAAACCUUCAGUCUUAAAAAUAGGAUAAUCUUCUUGUGUCAGCUGGAAACUGGUUAAAAACAAUCAAAGAUUAUAAAGCAAGGAAUCUGUGGCACAUUGGUAAGACUGAAGGUUUGUUCCGCGUAUGAACAGAUGACAAAUUUUUAAUCAAUUUGUAUUUUUCAUAGCUAACAAACCUAAGGUUUUAACGUUUACUGCCCACCUCUAGCUGCUCUUCUACCUUUUAAUGGGUUGGAGGAAAGACUGAUGCGUCACAGGGUUCUAUGCCUGGUCAGUGACCAGCUUCCACCUGGUAUAUGCAUGAGUUGCCAGAUGCCACAGAUUCCUUGCUUUACAACCUUUGAUUAUUUUUAAGCGGUUUCCAGCUGGCGCAAGAUUAUCCUAUUGUUAAGACCUCAGGUUUGUUAGCUAUGAAAAUACAAAUUGGUUAUAAAUUUGUCAUUUUAAAGAUAGACCCUCCAAAAAAUGUCAGUAGACAGGACGGGAAAUUAGCAAAGUAGGCAGUCCCCGGUUUACGACGGGGGUUCCGUUCUUGAGACGCCUUGUAAGCCAAAAAUCGUCAUAAGCCGGAAAAUCAUCAAAAAUUCUAAGAAAACCUUAUUUUUAAUGCUUUGUGUUUAAAAACUAUGUAAUCUGCAUUUUUAUUGCAUUUUUCAUCAAAAAACCUUCAAAUAUUUAUUAUUUUGCAUUUUUGGAGUCAUAUUUCUUCCAUCAGAUCAGCAUUGUAAGCAUCGUGACCCUGGAACAUGUGUUGUAAACUUGGAAAUAAUUUUUUAUGAAUAUAAUUGAAAAGUGUCAUAACCUCGGAACAUCGUAAGCUGAACCCGAUGUAAGCUGGGGACUGACUAUAUCAUAUCGCACAAAAUCUUAAAAUACAAAACAUGGAGUGUAAUUCAAAAGUUACCCUUACAAUCAUCAAAGAUUUCCAGCCUCUGAGAUAUAAACAGGACUUAAAAAUAAAAAGAAAUGUUGCAGGUAUACAAGAGACAUGAACAUUCUAACAGUGCAAAGAUGUAGCCAAACAAAUUUCAGCACUUUUCUUCAUAUCAUGUAACAGUUAUAAAUUCAUCAUUAUCAUCAUCAAAUUUUAUUGUGAGAAUAAUUAAGAACUGUGGUUAGUACUUUUUGCAAGCUUUCAUUUUAAGAGAGAAUGGCUUAGCUAUUUCUUAUUUUUUGCAAGUUAUGUAAAAGCCGAAGUACAGAGUAUAUUCAGUUUUUCUGUAUAUUUUUGUAGACUUAUUGGUAUUGUAUAUAUGCAUUUAUUAAAAAUGUGAACUGUACUUGGUUUCAUGGGGUUUGCUCUUCAAAUGGCAAUUCUCUGUUGGGAUGAAGGAAAAAAACAGCUUCAUUUCCCACCGCCACUUAGAUUUACAAAAAAGAUGCAUUUGAGCAGGUAAAUGCUUAAGACUUAACUUUAGGUCCCUUUUUGUUUUUCUUCUUCAUGUCUGCAUCACCUUCUCAUGUGUUUUAGUAAAAUUGAACAUGUGACAGAUUGGAGAGGGCAAUCUAUUUUCUUUUUUUAUUUCUGGUUGUCACUCACGAGUGCCUUGAUAUUUCCAAACAUGAAGUGUAAUGGCAUCUGCUCCUACCCUAUACAGUUUCUGAUUUAUUUUCACUCCUUUUAGGUGUGAAUUGAGUUCUUAAUUCUUACUCUACUCAUGCUCCUGUGAUAAACAGAAUAUUGCCCUCUCCACCAGUUUUGAAGAUAGAACAUACCAGAUAUAGCAAUGCCUAACUAGUAUAAAGUUGUUAACCAAAGCAUUCAGUCUUAUAUUUAGACUUGAAGUGAUUGUCUAUUUUAUUUAUAUGAGGAAUGAAAAUUAAAGAAAGGCUGAGAUUAAGAAGCUGAACAGCUAGGUAAAAAGAGACCAAGGGGUACAUGGGAACACAAGAAAAAAAAAAAAACAUGGAAAUAGGCAGGUCAUACCUCUCUCUACAGACAUUCUACAAAUUUUAGUAAUUAUAAAUGUUGUUUGAUGUAAACCAUUGAGGUACUGAAGUAAUAUUCUCUAUUGAAGCAAUGGUUAGUAUUUGUCAAACACAAUCUUGGAUAUUUUCAUAAGGAAGAGUUUUUCCUUUUAAAUCCAAUAAAAUGCUGGUAAUAUUGGUUUAAAUUUGAAUCAUAUGAAAUGGUUCCUGGUGAUGCAAGCAAGCUAGUUAUACUAAGUUACUUUAUUUUGAAAUUCACUUGAAUGUCAUUAUUUAUUUCAAGAAAUCACAAGUAUAUGUUAUACUUGUAACUAUAUCUUGGAGGGAUAUAUGCGAAAAUUAAUCUUAAGAUAUGAAGUCACUUUGAAUGAUGUUUAACAUAUGUAGCACUUCAUGCCUCUAUAUACAGAAGUAUCUUUGAGAUUUAUCAUCUAUGCUUUACUUAAUAUUUAAUCCAAUAAUUAUCAGUGGAAUUUUUGAAGUGAAAAAGAAAUAUGCAAAUACUAGGGCACAUGGAAAGGUAUGUUCAUACUAGGAAAAAUCUAAUAUUGUGAGUGCCAUUUUUUAACCCACUCUGGGGAUAAUCACCUGGAUCAAUUUCUUGACUACAGUACUAAUGGUAACAAGUGGUGUAAGUGGCUUGUAAGACAGCCUAGAAGGGAAUCUCCUUUCUCACCUGCUGCGUCAAUAACUUCUGGCUAGAUAUCCACAGUUACUCCAUCUGUUGUAUUGCUUUAGCAGCCCAAAUAGCUUAUAUUGUACUUCCAUUAAUUCAUCUAUUUCUCCUGUCUUUUAUGCUUAUUGUUAUUGUUAUUGGUGAGGAUGUUCAUAAAUAUUUUUCGUUGUUUUAAGUUGCUUUGUUAUGUUUUCUUGAUACUGCUUAUGUCUUAAAACUUAUCUCCUUAUAUGGUGAUGACUCAUUUCUAAUUAUGGUUGACAAACACAAUAGGCAGACAGGAGAAUCAGGAGUGAGAUCCCAUGGUCUCUCUAAAGGAAGGGCCUGACAUAGCUGCCUCAGUUUUAGAAAAGCAUGACUGAGUGAUGGAUGUCCAAUGUCUACCAAGCUUUAGCUAGACUUAGAGAAUUGUCUUGUACAUCAUACGUGUGGUCCAGCUUUCUUUGCUGCUCUGUAGUCUUCCCUUGUACUAGUUGAGUAUCAUUGCAUAUAAAUCUUCAUUAUAAAGAUGCAGAUACAUACACAAAUACAUGACAGACCAGAGGAGGCUGUCAUACCAUAAUGAGUUUAAACUCAUGAAUUCCUGUACUGUAAGUUGAUAAAGUAAGCCAGGCCCCACUGCUUGUACCACUGGCACAAUCUCUACCUUUCAUCAUCCUCAUUAGAAAAAGUUGUUUUGUUCUGGAUCUAUGGGAAUUGCACUUCUGUAUGCUAAUCCCUUCUUUAGUUUGGACAGGGAUCACAAAGUUAGGUUCCUUUAAAGCAAUUUUUGUAUCAGUCAGUUUUAGGAGGUACAACAUAGAAUUAUCAACACUAUACAUUUCGCUAAGUAGUAAAGACAUUUUACAGCUAAAUGGGAAGAAAGUAAAGAGAACAAUAAAAAAUUGAAAGACUUAUAGAAAAAAAUGUGAGUCUGGCAUAGAGAUGUAGCUAAUGAUUUUUAGUAGUGCCUGUAGUGAGCUAUGCAAAACUCAUUGCAGGUGGUGACUUCCAUAGGGAAAUGGCAGGUGAGGAAGGAAUUUCAUAUAUGGGUGCUCUCACAAGCCAGAUGUGUAGAAGCAUUAGUAAAGUUGCUUGAAUUUAUUGAUUCUGCCUUUCCAAGUUAAGUGGAAAAGGCACUUAAGCAAUUUUGGUUAGUAUACUUAUGAAACAUGAUAUUUGCCAAUAUUUUCACUUAUUUUAUUAUGUGACCCCCACUGUACUGUACAGCCAAUUCUCGUCUUGGUUAUUUUUACAAAUGUUGAAAUAUUUUACCAGAUGCUUAUUGAAUUAUGAUUAUCAAGGUAAUGUUCUCAAAUCUAAUGAAGUGUUGUCUCAAUAUUCUAUGUAUCCUUGACCCGAAGUGUCAGCCAGUGAUUCCUUAUAUUUUUGUGACAUGUUAUGAUAUUUGAAUUAAAAGUCAUGCUUAUAACUGUAAUGAUGCAGUUUUGAUCCCAGAACUAUUAAAAAUAUGAAAAUAUAGUGAAUAGAUAUUUAUUGCAGGUAUAUUCAGUUUACAAGUAGUAGUAGAGAUUUUUUAUUAUAUUUUUGUGAAUGUUUAUGGUAAACUCAAGGAGCAAAUCCCUGAGAGGAAAUCCAUUCAUGAAAGUGACAGGCAUUCUAAGUGCUUGGAUUCUAAUGCUACAGAAGCAGAAGACCUCACUGAGGAAUUAUGUAUUAGGAAAAGCCUUAGGUACUGUCAUUGAUGACUAUUUUGUGUGAUCCUCUGUGUGGGUUACUCUUCAUGGAAAUGCAGAUAUAGUAUAGGCAGUGAGGUCUCAUUACAUGUUGCUUCAUAUGAAGUAAUUAUUAUGCAUGAUUAUUUUGGCUUUAGGUUCCAUAUACAACUGGUUUUCAAAGACUAUAUAUACUGUAUUUAUGUUUUUGUGUAAGAUGGUCUGGUUUUUUAUGAUGCUCAUUUUAGUGUAUAAUGACAUGAGAUUAUGUGCCUUUUAAAAUAGUAUAAGAUACAGAAAUAUUGAUUCCUGUUACCAGGAAUGGCAGCCUAAAAGCAUGGAUGACAUUUUGGUACCACCUUAAAGCUUCCAGAAAGGUAGCAUUAUUGUUUGUGAGCAUUUAUAAGAGUUUCAGUAGAGUACCCUGUAUUGUUAGACUAACCAAUAUGUGAGUAGGUGAAACUUCCUUCCUUCCAUAAGCAGAAUAUGGAAGAUGCUGACACAUUCCAUCCUUGUAAAGUUAUCUAAAACAGGAGGAAAUUAAGGAAAAGUCAAAGUGGUUUUGCAAGAUAUUAAGGAGCUUUUCAAGUUUAUGAAGAAAGUUUUGAGAGUAGAUCUAAAAAUGUGUUACCCUUCAGAGUAAAACAAAUGUUUUACUUUGAUAUGAUUUUAUGUAAUAGGUACUAAUGACCAGAGAUAAUUUUUACCUAAGAUGUCUGUCAUUUCAAGUUUUAUCCUAAAACAGUAAUGUGCAUCACACCGUGUAUGACCAUUUAAUGGUAGCAAUAAUACUGAAGCAAUGGAAUAUGGAGACGUACAGUUGACGCCUUUGUUUCAUUUAGACACUCCUCCCCAUACAAUAAUUCAUAACUCAUUAACCCUGCAGUCCUUCAAGGAUAAAUCCCUAUGGUAAGCUUUACAGAUUCGUAAAAUCUCCUAUCAUUAUUUAAAGAAUUUGUUUGUUUUUUAUUUACAAUUUUUCUUUCCAUUUCUUAAAGAGAGAUUAUUAUUAUUAAGAGUUGUAAACACAGGUGUUUGAAAGCAUCCUUUAAAUAUAAGAUAUUUAUACUAUAGAUUAUUUUGAGCUGAGUAUUAGGUAUUUGUUGGAAGUUUCUCAGAGGAAUGCAAACACUACUCCAUAUUUAAUUAUAAUUCUUCAUAAAAAAAAUUAUUUAAUUUAAUUUUUUCUUAGAAUAUAUCUUUCACACAAGUCGAGAAAUUGGCUGUACAUUAUUGAAUUUUCAUGAUUAGAUAACAAAUCUUUUUGUUUGAGAUUGUAGUAUGCAUAUUUUAACAGAGUACAAAUCCUCUCUGUUUUAUUAAUCUGACAAACUUAGUUUUGAAUGACAUUUGAUACUUGAAGCAAACAAAGUGGUAUUUAAGUGAUUGAUUGAACCAUUUCAUCCAGGGAGAACUCCAUUUCCUCUUGCCAGAAGAUUAUGCCUUGUAUGAAUCAAAGUUGACUUAUAUUAGCAGAACAAAGUGGAGCACCAGAUCAGAGACCCUUGUAAUUUUCUCAGUGUAAUAGAAUAAACAGGCUGUAUUUUCCCCAGUUAUUAAAAGAUUUUUACACAGAAAUGCUGUAGUAGGUGGUUGAUGUAAGUACCACUAUACGUAAACAUCUAGAAUGACUUAAAGUGGUCUGGGUAAACAUAAAUUAUUAUUAUAGUUAACCUUAAGUGCCUUCACCCCUUGGCCAUGACAUCAAAACUUAAGUUGCUUGGGCUUACUACAUAAGGCACACUGAGAAAAAGAGCUACUAUGAAAAAGUUGCAGGCAAUUCUGGACAAGGGCAGCACAAAUGCGGUCAUGGAUGAUUUGGGCAGUGCAAACCAUGUCAGGUGGUCAUAUCCUACAAUUGUUGAAAUAAUAAUGGCUCUUUUUGGAUAGGUGUGUGUUUUCAAGGACUAUCAGUUAGUCUCAAAACAGUUUUACAUUUUCUUCAGAUCAGUGUUUACAAAGUCAGAGCCUCAUUCUUAUACCUAUGUGUACUUUUAAACAGAAUAUGCAUUACUCAAGUUGCCCAUUUUAGGUACUGGAGGAGCCAAUCAUGACUGUUUAAUUAGGACACAUUAUAUGGGCACAUUUUAAAUAAGGGUGAAUAAUUUAUGAGCUGAGGGUUGCUCAUAAUUGGCAGAAUCAAGGACAGGAUAUAUCACUGACUCAAAAUCAUAUGAACAUAUAAUCAGGGCCCAAGCCCCCUCUCCACCCAAACUGGAACCAGGGAGAAUCAGUCAGCGGCUACUGAUGACUGCAAGCUGUCUCAACCCCAUCCCUAAGCUCCCAGGGAUGGUAAGGUUGUGUUUUACCAGUGAAGUCUACCAAGCCAUGAGCAAUAGUUGAAUUCAGGACUGCCACACUGUGAAGCCCAGGCGAAAUAAACUGAGGUACCAUUCCUGAGGUACCGUGCAUGUGUUAAAACCAGCACAGCCAACCUGAAACACCCAUGAAGUACUCAUUCAGGGUGAACAGAUUUGGUUUGAGGCUUAAUGUAUGAACGCUAACAUUAAUAUCAGAACUUGAGCAACUUUCAGAUUUUUUCUCACAGCUCCAGUGACUGUACAGGAAAUAUUCCAGUUUCAAACCUCAGUUACAGGGACCAAAUACCAACUUACCGGUGAUAUCCACUUGGGCAAAAAUUUAAGCUGCUCUCAAGUACUGUAUGUAUCAUAAGUAUAAUUGAAAAAAUAAAGUGGUUUUUUUAAUUCAAAUGAAAGUAGAAAAGUAUAAAUUAUUUUCAUUUCAUAAAUCUAGACCACCUGCUUAUAGUAGAAGUGCAGUAUCUCCUUUGCUUGUGAAGGUACGCUCAUCUGAUCAGUAGAUAUAGGAGAUUUCUGCAAGCAAAAAGUGGAUUUUGCUAUAAUAAGAAAUGUUAUCAUAUUCGAACUACCUCUUGUUUCUUUUUAUUGGUCUUGGUUGGUUUACCAUAAGUAGCCAUUUCAACAUGAUUAAAGGUAUAGGUUUAUAUCUUUGUAACAAUAGUCAAUAUAUAACCCUUUGAGAUUCCGAUGGCCUCCUGCAGUUUUAAUCCCUUAAGAUUUCUGUAACAUCAUCUGUAGAAAGAAAGUGAUUAUUUAUCAUAAAUAUUUUAAGUGUAGCAUUAGGAUAUGUAAUGACUGGUGAAUGCUGAGCUGUGGUUCAACUCUAUCUCUCACAUGAUUAGUAGCUGUUCAUAGAGUUACCAUAAAAUCAGUUCAAAAUGGAAAGUCACUAAAAAUUUUUUUGUUCAUUUUACCUUAUUACUGUAUUACUCAUGUUUUUUGUAUAUAUAUAUUUAUAUAAGUAUUCAUUUGUGUUGCAAAAAAUAUUUUUAAAUAUUUAUUACAGAAGAGUUUCAGACUCCCCCUAAAAUAAAUUUCAAGGGGUUAAUUUCUGCUUAAUUGUCAUGUGUGCUUAUUACAAGGAUAAUCACCAACAUUGGCUUGAUGAUAUUUUGUGCAGCAUUGAAUAAAACCUGAAAAGGGGACAAUAUCCACACUUCUGUAGAGUUUCACUUUGAGUAUUAUUCUGAUAAUUUUAAAAAGUCUUGCUUAAGUUUUUCCAUAAUUAUAGAACCUUAAAAUUGUCAACUAAAGUUUGCUGGAUCAUCAGGAAGAUGGCCUAUAUAAUGCUGUUAACAAGGUUUGUAGAAUUUAUAGAUAUUUUUGCCCUUUGGUUUUUAUAUCUUUUGUGUUCAAGUGGAGUUGAUUGCAUUUUGAUGUUAUGAUUUCAUUUUCCUUUCAAGUCAGAGUAAAAUACUAUUAUUAAAAAAGUGAAAAGGCUUCAUAUGUUAACUUUUAUUUUUAAAGCUCAAACCUUUUAAGUUCAAACAUAAGGAAUUUUAAGGUAUAAAGCUGUCAAGGACUCUCAAGACUAAGAAGAUUGUAGUUUUGGCAAUUAUUUUUUUUUUUUUUUUUUUUUUUUUUUUUGUAUUGUAAUUCAGUGAUCUCGUUUUCAGGAAGAUAAAUCAUGUUUUAGUUUAGGUAUUUAUUACAUAUUAGUGGACUGUAGUGUUCUACCUCCUUGCACGAUUAUGUACAUUUAGGGUAAUAUUUAAAAAGUUACCCAGAAUUACCACCAUCACUUGCACAUUGUUCUUUCCUUGUCAUGUCAAUUGCAACAACUUUCCCCUGAAGGCUGGUUUCCAUUACAAAUGUUUAGAUACCAGUUUAUUGAUAAGAUGCAGAUAUGAAAUUUGUUUUUGACAUAUUUGCCAAGUUAUUCUAUAUGUCUGUUGUCUAUUAUGUGUCUAUCCUUUCCAUAGUUAAGGCAUUUACAUUUUUUCAGCCAAGGUUAAGAGGCGUUCCAUGUGGAAGUGAAAUCCCCUGGCUAGGUAGGAUAAAGCUCCAUAGGUUAGUUUAUAUCAGACUAUGUACAGUCCACUAGCUUUCAUUUCAGUUUGCUUCAGCUUGCAUUGUAGUGUGAUCCUUUUUCCAAUCCCAGUAUUUUGAUAUACUUUAUUAGGGAGAGAAUUUUACUCCCAAUCUGGUUAUGUUCAGGAAAUAUUGUUAUUAGAUUUGUCUGGUUCUUACAUGAUCAGUGUAAAAGAUUAUUGAUUUAUGAUGGAAGUCAGUGCUGAUCAUAAAGAAAUAAUCAGCAUAAAGCGUGCACAAAGAGAUGAAAUAAUACAUGAGAGUAAAUGCAACAUGAUGCAUUCUUUAUAAUAAUUUGGUAUGACUUAUAAAGUUAUAAUUUCUGCAGCUUAUCAGAAUCUUGGUAACUAUACAUUUUUGUUGAAGAUGUUUAGAAGAAAAGAUGUUGCAACUGAGGAGAUAGGAAAGCAAGCAACACAGAGAUGAUGUUGGUAAUUAAGGGCAUUUUGUAAAAAUUUACCUAUUUUAGUGGCUUUAGUUUUGCUGUCUUGACAGCAUAUUUAUUACUCAUUGUUAGUUUCCAGUUUCUUUUGGUAUUGUUCAAUCUUACUGUCAAAAUUUUCAUCAUAAAACUGUAUAGUAGAAUAUUUUUAAAUACGAGUUCAAAACUUGACAUGACUUUUUAUGAACAUAUGAAAGAUGCACAAGUGUACAACUGUACAACUCAGUUUAUACCGUGCAUGUCGGUGAAUUGUAUCAUAUCAUUUUCAUACAUUUUUAUAUUUCUAAAGGUUCCAAACCUCUAAUGAUAAAGUAUUUAGAAAUACUCUUAUUUCUUCACAAAAAUUGUGUAGGUAACCAAUAUGUAUAUGACAUACUGAAAUACACUUUUGCCAAUGCAA